AGUCACUUACUACCCGGUUUGACACAGUCCAGAAGGGGCCUUGGGACUCGUUUUCCCAUCGCGCCCUUCGGUCCCAUUGUGGCCGAGCCCGCCUCCCAUUGGACAGCCAGGGAAACGGGUCCAGCUCCCCUCCUUCUGACACAAUAGUAGAUCCAAGAUGGCGGACGUGGGUGCAGCUCUCUUACCUGGGGGAGACUCGGCGCUGCCCCCACCGCCGCCGCCUCCCCCGCCCGAGGAGCAGGAGCUGAGCCAGCGCCUCCGCCGCCUCUACCCGGCUGUAAACCAGGCCGAAACGCCGCUGCCGCGCGCCUGGAGCCCCAAGGACAAGUAUAACUAUAUUGGCCUCUCCCAGGGCAAUCUGCGCGUCCACUAUAAAGGACAUGGAAAAAAUCACAAGGAUGCUGCUUCAGUCAGGGCUACCCACCCCAUCCCUGCAGCCUGUGGUAUUUAUUACUUUGAAGUGAAGAUAGUCAGUAAAGGAAGAGAUGGGUACAUGGGGAUAGGACUCUCAGCCCAAGGUGUCAACAUGAACAGACUUCCUGGUUGGGAUAAGCAUUCCUAUGGCUACCAUGGCGAUGAUGGACACUCCUUCUGCUCUUCAGGGACUGGACAGCCUUAUGGCCCCACGUUCACUACUGGUGAUGUGAUUGGCUGCUGUGUGAACCUCAUCAACAAUACCUGCUUCUACACAAAGAAUGGGCACAGUUUAGGUAUAGCCUUUACAGACCUCCCUGCCAAUUUAUAUCCCACCGUGGGGCUCCAGACACCCGGAGAGAUAGUGGAUGCCAACUUUGGGCAGCAGCCAUUUGUGUUCGACAUUGAAGAUUAUAUGAGAGAGUGGCGAGCAAAGAUUCAGGGCACCAUUAAGCGGUUUCCCAUAGGUGACCGGCUAGGUGAAUGGCAAGCCAUGCUGCAGAAUAUGGUAUCUUCCUAUCUGGUGCAUCAUGGGUACUGUGCUACAGCAACUGCCUUUGCCAGGGUGACAGAGAGUACAAUCCAGGAAGACCAGAUCUCCAUAAAGAACAGGCAAAGAAUACAGAAGCUGGUCUUGGCAGGAAGAGUGGGAGAAGCCAUUGAAGCCACACAACAGCUAUACCCGGGUCUCCUAGAACACAAUCCUAACCUUCUGUUUAUGUUAAAGUGCCGGCAGUUUGUGGAGAUGGUGAAUGGAACAGACAGUGAAGUACGUUGUUUCAGUGCCCGCAGCCCCAAAUCCCAGGACAGCUACCCCGACUCUCCCAACCUAAGUCCAAGGCAUGGCUCUAACAAUUUGCACAUUCACAGCACUGGAGCAGACAGCCCAAGCUGUAGCAAUGGAGUUACUUCCAUAAAAAACAAACAGAGUCACUGUAAAUAUCCAGCACUGAGUUCUUCAUCAUCAUCUUCUUCCUCGUCAUCCCCUUCUUCAGUGAACUACUCGGAGUCUAACUCCACAGAUUCCACCAAGUCCCAACAGCACAGCAGCACCAGCAACCAAGAGACCAGUGACAGUGAGAUGGAGAUGGAGGCAGAGCAUUACCCCAAUGGUGUCCUGGAGAAUUCUGCUACAAGGAUAAUGAAUGGCACUUACAAGCAUGAAGAGAUCCUGCAGACAGAUGAUUCCAGCAUGGAUGGCUGUCCUCAGAGACAACUCUGUGGAGGAAACCACGCUGCUACGGAGAGGAUGAUCCAGUUUGGGCGGGAGCUGCAAACCCUGAGCGAGCAGCUGUGCCGAGAGUAUGGGAAGAAUACAACACAUAAAAAAAUGUUGCAGGAUGCGUUCAGCUUGCUAGCCUACUCUGAUCCAUGGAACUGUCCUGUUGGUCAGCAGCUGGAUCCAAUCCAGAGGGAACCUGUGUGUGCUGCACUAAAUGGCGCUAUAUUGGAGUCUCAGAACCUGCCAAAGCAGCCCCCACUGCUGCUCGCCCUGGGCCAGGCCUCGGAGUGCUUGCGGCUCAUGGCUCGUGUGGGCUUGGGCUCCUGCUCCUUUGCCAGAGUAGAUGAUUAUUUGCACUAGCCACUGAGUGAGACAGAGUGACCCUUCCAGUGCUGCCAUCAUCGCCUCUCCCUGCCUCAUGUUUUCCACUGCCCCCGAGAACAAGUUGCCCAGCUGAAGGACACAUUGCUGACUAAGGGGGAAUCCUUGAUGCGCCUUCAUUUCUCACUGUGGAAACUGCUGGCAGGCCCCCACCCUAUCAUCAACACCACAGCCUGCUCUGCCUUGCAGCUGUUGCGGCACUCAGUAUUUUCACUGGUCAUUCUGAUGUAGCGCCUUUCCUACUUUAGGAUUUUAUCUUUAUUUUAUUUUAUUCUUCUGACUGAGCCACCAGUAUUUAUAUCUGGAGAGUUUGUGCUGAGCUGGUUUCUACUAAUUUAGAGAUAAAAGUGUAUCUGAGUUGGUGAUAGCCUGCAUUUAUUUUUCAUGAGGGAAAGCUGUCAGCACACAUGCCACCGGUGCAGUAUUGUUCUCUGGCACUAGUCCUCUUUAAAGGCAAGAGGUUUAGUUUUUUUAUUGGAGCCCAACCCAUGCCACCAGAUCCCUACUGCCUGAGCAGAAUGGCUCGUUGGAUCUCCUCUUUGCCAUAUGACAUGCAAGUCCAAGAAAUGACAAAUGGCCAUUUGAAGCUCUACCCUGGAGAAAAGCUGAGAAUGAAAACAAAAGCUGUUCAGUACCUUGGUCUAGCUUUUUGGCAGAAUGUCCCCUGGUGAUCUGAGAGAGAGAUGGUGUUAACUGAGCAUACCUCCCCCCCCCCCAAAAAAAAAACAUGGUAGAAGAAUUUCUUGACUGAAUGCAUCAGAUAUUAGAGCAGGGUAGGUGUUGUUGGACUCUGUUCCCUUCAGCAGCAGCCAUCAUGGUCAAUGGUCAGGGAUUAUGAGAGUUGUAGUCCAACAUCAUAGGCCCAGUCAUUAGCACUUCUAAUCUAAUGUUGUCAUUUAGGUGGCAACUUGCAUCUAACAAAUAGGGUUUGCCCCAUAGAGAUGUAGAGGGUGGAGUGACUUGCCCUUGUCUUUCAGAUGGAAUAGUGUCUUCAAACAGAGUGGAAACUAGGGGCUACGUGUCGCAGAGAAUGUGUUUUCUCUUUGGGCUAAAGGCCCUGUCCUAGGGGUUUUAACUUUGAUUGAUGUCUGCAACUUUAUACAGUCACACAUCCUGUGUAUAUUUGGGUCAUCAUAAUUGACAAGCUCCUAGUCUAGAUUUGGGGCUCAGGUAGACGCCUGGUAAAAUGAUUCAUACUUCCCUCAUCCCCUGUGGAUCUUGGCUUUACACUUGACUUGAAGACUGUUAGAUAGUUGCAUGACAACAGUAUGAAAAUCUUAUUUAUAUCUGAUCAGCCACCAACUGAAAUGUGAAAUUGAGGACAUAAGCCAAUACUUAGUUUCCUUUAUUAAAAAAAAAAAAAGUGUACAGUUUUUACUUGGGAGUAGCCUUUUUUAAAAAAACUGUUAGGACAAACGUUUCUCAGCCAGGGUAUUGCAGAAAUCUUCACAAAAUGCUGCUAGGCAUUGUGGGUGGAAAACCCACAUGCCAGCUUAAUAUAUAUAUAUAUAUAUAUAUAUGAGGGUGUAUAUAUCUAUAUCAGGAGAGGCACACUACUAAAAACAAUUUUGAUAGGCAAUAGUAUGGGUAAUGCAGUUUCAGAAUUGUUGGCUUGGUGGCAUACUUCAACGUCUCAUUGUUAAUAUGUUUCUAAUGGGAAAAUAGGGGGGAAGACUAUCAUAAAAACAAGAUGAAAGUGGUCUUUUAAUGUUGUGGAAGCUUAAAGAGUGAGGGAGGGAGACAGUGUGGUAAAGUACAGGUGUGUUCAUUGAGGUGUAGAACAGUGGUCACAUUAGAAAGGACGUGGCACUUGGGUCUGAGGCUUGCAAAUAAAAUGGAAAACCGCACAUACGUGUGCAGUAGACUUGGAAUAUCUACACAUUAAGCACCACUUACAAGAAUGGGAGCUGUACAUGGGAUGGGAAUGCUCCUGCACAGUUCUGGUUAAUUGUAGCUCAUUUUUAAUUCCAUGUGUAUAUGUGAGGCAGGCGUUUGGGGGGUGGAAGUGAACACACUGUUUUAUUCCUUGCUGGGCUGGAUAUUAGUGAGACAGACUACAGAAACACUUUUAAAUCAAAGAAAUAGCUGUGGAAAACACAGUUUCUCAUUCCAUUUAUUCCCCUUUCUUCCCCCCCCCGACUGAUAGCAUUGCAUAACUGGCUGAAUGCUCUCUUGUGCUAGGUUGGAUCUAAGUGAAAUAUCGUCUUGGGUGCAUUUGGUAAAGUAAAACAUCCCUUUUUUCCAGCUGCAAUCAAUAAGUGGCCAAUGUGAUACUCAAAUGUGUUUUAACACUUGUGUUCUGCCUUGUGCCUUUUUAAAGAGUGCUCAAGGUUGGCUUACAAAUUUUAAAACCAAGCAAAACCCAUCCCUAACUGUAUCUACAGCAAUCCAUCUUCACGACAUUUUCAUGUCUCCAAUCGCAUUCACUGCACCAGCAGCCUAUCCUUUGGCUACUGUUGCUGUUUGCAGCCCUUCAUGUCUUAGGAUUUAAGGUUUAAUUUUUAAUGUUAAUGCAUUCUGGAUAUGUCUUCAACCAAUGAUCUCCUCUCUGCCUUGGUGCAGACCUCCCCCGCCCCCACUAUCCCCAUCUUUUAUAGAGUUGUUUUGAGGGGCUUAACUAGUGUUGAUUAACUUCUCUUUUCUCAAAGAACUUCCCUUUUUUCUCUUAUCUAUUUGUUGAUUCUUGGGUUGAUGGAACCCCCUUGCAAUACCCUUCAUGACUUUUUGCAGUCUGAGAAUAUUUUCUCGGACAGAAACAGGUUACCCACCUUUAUGGUAGCCUGCUUUUGGAGUUCCCAAGUAAAUCUUCCCUUAAGAGACUAGUGUCUGUUACAUGUUCUUGAUCUAAAACAAUCUGCUUGUUUUUAUCAUGCUUGAUCUCACAGGUCUAUAGACAUUGGAUAUGCUCUGGGUCACACUUUAGGAAACCAUUCAAUGCCAGCCAGCUCAGCUCACGACUCAGAGUUUCCUUGUUGUAGUACAGCCAGUGAUUAGACCCAGAAACUCUUGGGGUAUGUAGCCAAAACUUGGCUGUACGUAUCAAAGCCUAUGUGAACUGAACUUAAAUUAGUAGACAGAACAUAGAGGGUAAAAUUAAUGCAGUUGAACACUAUGGAACUUGUGAAACAGAUUCUUUCCAGAUGUAUUCAUAUUGGUGAAAUAGUAUUCAUAUAUUUCCCUUUUGACACCAUCUAACUAUGAAUACUCCACCCAAACCCUUUGGGUACAAUAUCUUUUCUUAGAUAUUCAUUUAUUUAGGUGGUCUUCAGAGCCAUUGUGAUCAAGCACACCAGGAAAUAGUUAACGAGUGGGUAAUAUCUAGGCUGUGAGGUAAAAUUGCUGAAUUUAUAACAACCUCCCCUUCCACAACAUUUGCCAUAUAGAAGAAAUGUAGGCCAAAAGUCCCUAGUUAUGGUGUCUGUAGGAUCCAACAGUGUCACUCUGCUGAUUCCUCUAAUCUGGCCGUGGAAUCGUCUUUACAGCCCGCACCCCUCAAAAAAUGGAAAUAUAAAACCCAACCUCAAAAGGUAGACUGAGGCACAAUAUUGGGUAUGAGUAAAAAUAUGUGUGUCAAUUGCUACUAAUAUAUAUAUAUAUAUAAAA